UUUGUACACGGCCGUAUCACAGUCUGUUUGUGCAUGUAGUGUAGGGUAGGGUAAAUAAUUGUCUCUCGCUCGAUCACUGAAUCGGCUGAUUUCUCAUCAAUUUGCGCACACUCAACUCAGUUGCCUGCUUCUUCUCUUCCAGAGGGAGUUGUCGGCUUGGAUCAGAAAUCCAUCAUGGCAUCUUCAGGAGCCGGGAGUUCGCUGGUGGAAGGGGCGAUCGGACGAUGGCAGGAGACGAGCACAUUGACCAUGGUGCUUGUCACCACGGCGUUUGUGCUUGUCGUCGGGGCGGUGUUCCGUAAGAUGUUGGGAGGGGCAGACAGAAAAUCCAACAUCAAAGUGCCCCCAUACAUUCCCGGUAUUCCUUUCCUGGGAAAAGCAGUUGAAUUUGGAGCAAACCCCAUCAAGUUCCUUGAAGAUGCUCACAGAAAGUAUGGUGAGAUUUUCAGCUUCACGAUGGUGGGCCAGACCUUCACUUAUCUGAUUGGUCCAGAGGCAAGUGCACUCCUCUUCAAUAGUAAAAAUGAACAGUUGAAUGCAGAGGAGGUCUACGGUCGUCUGACCACACCCGUGUUUGGGAAGGGCGUGGCUUAUGAUGUUCCUAAUGCUAAAUUCUUGGAGCAAAAGAAGAUCUUCAAGUUGGGCUUGAACAUUGCUCAAUUUCGUAAGCAUGUGGAACUGGUCCAAGAAGAGACAGGAAACUACCUGACAAGAUGGAAGAAAAGCAGUGGCCAAGAAAAUCUGUUCGUAGCAAUGUCAGAAUUGAUCAUUCUCACUGCUAGCCGCUGUCUACAUGGGAAAGAGAUCCGCUCACAGCUUGAUGAGCGUGUGGCUCAGUUGUACAUGGACCUAGACGGGGGUUUCAGUCAUCUAGCCUGGCUCUUUCCCAGUUGGAUACCCUUCCCAAGCUUCCGCAAGCGGGACCGUGCCCACCUGGAGGUCAAGAAGAUCUUCUACAAGGCUAUAAAACAACGCAGGGCUUGUGAUAAUCCUGAUGAUGAUAUGCUUCAGACACUAAUUACGACGGCAUACAAGAAUGGGGAGUUGAUGACGGAUGACGAGGUAGCCGGGAUGUGCAUAGGCUUACUGUUGGCCGGCCAGCAUACGUCAUCCACCACUAGCUCCUGGCUAGGAUUCUUCCUAGCUAAGGACAAGGAUCUCCAGGAACGUUGUUACCAAGAGCAACUGAGGAUAUGUGGCCCUGAUGUGGAUGAACCAUUAACAUAUGACCAGGUAAAGGACAUGACGCUAUUGGACCGUUGCCUGAAGGAGACCUUAAGGAUACGCCCACCCAUCAUGACCAUGAUGAGGAUUGCCAAGGUGCCUUUGACUUUCAAGGAUUACGUCAUUCCGCCUGGGCACCAGGUGUGCGUCUCACCAACCGUCAACCAACGCAUUGAGGACCAGUGGAUGCCCGAACCUUUGACCUUUAACCCUGAUCGUUUCAUUGACGAGAAUGCUUCUAACAGCGACAAGUUCUCCUACGUUCCCUUUGGGGCCGGGCGGCAUCGUUGCAUCGGGGAGAAUUUUGCCUACGUCCAGAUCAAGACCAUCAUGUCGGUCCUCAUCCGCAAGUAUGAGCUGUCUCUUGUGGACGGUUACUUCCCCACCAUCAACUACAGCACCAUGAUCCACACACCCUACAAGCCCAUCAUCGCAUACAACCUCAGGAAGUAGGACACCCUAUGUAGUCUGAAAGUUACUCGUUCAGAGGGAAAGAUUCAUAAACUACAGAUUUGGAGAUAGAGUGUGGUUUUGGUGUGAAACAAAAUGGGUCAAGUGCACAGCGGUUUGUGAAUUUACAUGCACCACUUUUCCUAACAUAAGUACAUGACCAUAAACCAUACCGAGAUUGGUGAGAAACGGAAACAUAAAUUAUGAUUUUUUUUCAAAUGGGAUUAUCAUUUAACUGUUAGGUUUUCUUCAUUGUCAGCUGAUUCUGCCAUUGCUGUCUUUGAUGGAGGCCUGUUUAUGGCCAGGAAGUGGAGAUAUUAACUUAAUAAAUUGUACAAAACUUUGUACAAAAUAGUUUCGCUGUGAAAUAACCAUAACAGAAAAAAUAUCAUUGUGUAUAUUUAUUAUUUGAUGUUCAGUCAAGUGGUGGUAAUUUUUUGGGGGUUCUGUGUGCAGAUUUUGCCACCAGCCAAUUGGAUGAUGGCUUUGUUAAAAAUACACCAGCGCAUGUUUAGAAGACAGCCUUUCAAUGGUUGACAUCAGUACAUACAUGUAAUUGGAAAAUAUCCCCCGACUGGAAUGGUUUAAAGAAUGAGAGUGAAUCAAGACAAAUUAAGAUAGCUAUUUAAUCAUGAUGCAUUACAUCGAAGUUGUACAAUAAUAUAGCAUUGCAAAACCUUGUAUUAUCCUAAACAGUAAAUGUGGGAAUUUAGCACACCAUAAUUAUCCAAAUUUAGUUGUACUUUGUCUUCAAAUCAUUUACAACGUAAGUUUAAUGAGCAGGAUUUGUAAAUCUGUCUUUAUUUUCCAUUCCGAAGGUUACUGCAGAGAGAAAUGAGAUUUACAACAUUCAGUCCAUUCUCCACUGAAAAAGUUUGUAGAUUUUAUUGCCAUUUUGAGCCUUGCAAAAGUCCAUGAAAAUGUACAAAAGUGUGGCCAGUGAAAUACAGUGAAUUCAAAGA